AUGUCGGACGAUUGUUAUAAGUGUGGACGUCCUGGUCAUUAUGCUCGCGAUUGCCAAGCUGCCCCAAGAGGUGGUGGUAGAGGUGGAGGCGGAGGUUAUCGCGGUGGACGAGGCGGUGGUGGUGGAAGAGAUCGUGACAACAACGAUGGCCGUCGAGACGGCUGUUUCACCUGCGGUGGGCUUGAUCAUUUUGCUCGAGAUUGUACCAGUGGUCGCGGACACUAUGGUGGAGGUGGAGGAGGUGGUUACGGGGGAUAUGGUGGUCGCGACAAAUGUUACAACUGUGGUGGGACGGGACACUUUGCACGAGAUUGUACAAAUGAUGGACAGCGAGGUGAUAGUGGCUAUAAUGGUGGUGGUGGCGGUGGUGGUGGUCGUUGUUACAAUUGUGGUGAGUCAGGUCACAUCGUUCGAAACUGCCCAAAUAAUAACAGAAAUGACAUGAGCGAUACGCUAUGCUACAGGUAUUGA